AAUAAAUAUGCACAAGAACACCAUUUGGUACGGAGCUGUGCUCCUGGUCGUUUACUUCACCUUGGUGUUUUGCGAGGAGACGAAGAACGAGGAGGACCCGGCGCAAUUGGAUAACCAAGCGGAGGACACAUGGGAAAAUUUCGGUCGGGAUCUAAUGGAGUUUGAGGGACGUACUCGCCGCCAUCGCCACCACAUGUUCUGGUAUCGUCACCUGUGGCCCAUUGCCAUUGCUUACUGGAUCAAGGUGAAAGUGGUUAUCGUAUCCUUCUUUGUGGGCAGUGCCAUUUACUUGGGUCUGCGCUAUUUCUGGCCCCACGCCAGGUGCAACCAGGAGAUCAUCCUGGAUCAUCCACCUUCGUCUUUCUCCCAUCACGAUCACAUUCCUUACUCUCUGGAUCACGAUCACUCGGAGCACUAUGACGCCCUUUCAUCAUUUGACUCCAGCGCCAGCUUCGAGCCCUAUUCCGGAUACAGCAGCUAUGCAGGAUCAGACAUAGUCUCUGAUGUGCAUGGCGACUACCAUAGCGAAUCUCCCUCUCCCUCUGGACCAAGUGGCCCAUCUGGUCCCGUGGAUACGCGUCGUCGCGGCAAGCGUAGCGCUGCGGAUCACGCCCAUUUGAUCCAGGAUGAGCAGGAGGAGGAGCAGGUUGAGAUUGUGGAUGAGGAAAUUUCAGAGAGCGUGGCUCGCCAAAUGCCCGCCGAAGAGCAGAUUGCCGAUUUUAUGUUCGCCUUUUUGGGCUUGGACUCCAAGGCGUGCCGACGCCGAUUCGUCUGUGAAAUGGAGUUUAGAUCCAAGUUAAAUCCCAUGACCAGCAUGGCCUUCCGCAUUGUGGGUCGCGGAUUCUUUGAGAAGUACACCAAUGCCAGGAACCCUCUGGCCAGAGCCACCAGCUUUGGCGAGUGUGCUGCCGUCAAUUCCGAGUGCAUUUUCGUGGAGAACGAGAAUGCGGAGGAAAGUCAGGAGUCGGAGGCACAUCAGGAGGCGGACCAACAGGAAGCUGAGCAGCAACCCGAGGAGCAGCCAGCCACCGAGGAAUCUGUAACCGUGGAUUCCCAGAAUGAGAUCAACCUACAAGCCGAAAGGCGACAUGCCAAACACAAGAAUCGCAAACUGAGCUCCAUUGCCGAGCACAUCCUGAUGCACUAGAAC